GUGAUCGUCCGUGUAGUAUUAUCCUUUCUUGUAAGUGAACAAGCCAAGAAAAGAAAAGAAGAGCAAAGAAAAUGGAGGAAGGUGAAGCGGCUGCGAGUGGAAGCCAAGAAGUAUCGGCUGAUGCACUGCCUUUUGCUAGAAGUUACCAAAUGGAAGCAUUGGCAAAAGCCAUAAAGCAGAACACGAUUGUGUUCCUGGGUACUGGUUCUGGCAAGACAUUGAUUGCCAUAAUGCUUCUUCGCAGCUAUGCAUAUCUUCUGCGAAAGCCUUCUCGCCGUAUUGCGGUCUUCUUGGUGCCUACUGUUGUUCUGGUUCCCCAGCAAGCUGAAGCCGUGGCGAUGCACACGGACUUGAACGUGGGCAAAUAUUGGGGAGAGAUGGGAGUCGAUUUCUGGGGAUCCGAAAUCUGGGACAAACAAGUGGAGACUUAUGAGGUUCUUGUGAUGACCCCCAUGAUCUUGCUCAAUGCUUUGAGGCAUAGGUUUUUGAGAUUGGACAUGAUAAAGGUUCUCAUUUUCGAUGAAUGCCAUAAUGCUAGAGGAAAACAUCCCUAUUCUUGCAUUAUGACGGAGUUCUAUCACCGCCAGUUACAAAAUAAUAAUUCCCAACUUCCUAGGAUAUUUGGAAUGACUGCUUCCCCUGUAAAGGCAAAGGGGUCAAGCUUGGCAUCUACCUACCGGAGUGAGAUUCUAAAGCUUGAGAAUCUUAUGAAUUCAAAGGUUUAUACCGUUGUUAAUGAAAGUGUGUUGGCUGAAUACAUUCCCUUUUCAACUCCAAAGCUGAAGUUCUACGACCCCUGGGAUAUCCCUGCUGCAUUAUUUGAAUGUUUAUCAAAUAAUUUGAAAAGUUUAAAGGAGAAGCACGAGUCUGCUAUACGAGAAUUAAAUAUUGCAAAUGCUGCAGUUGAUUCUGUGAGGAAAAGAUUAUCAAAGCUGGUUUCAACUUUUUUCUUUUGUUUGACUGAACUGGGUAUUUGGUUGGCUUGGAAGGGAGCAAAAUCUUUGUCAUGUGAUGAAACCGACAUUUUCUCGUGGGGGAAAUUAGAAGCAUGUGGCGAGACCAUUGUUAAGGAUUUUAGCUUGGAUGUAUUUAAGGUUUUCUCUACUUAUAUACCAUCUGGUCCACGGUGGUCUAUUGGUGAUGACUUAAUUGCUGAUAAGGUUGCUGGAUAUCUAUCUUCAAAAGUUGUGCGUCUCAUUGAAUCUCUUCUUGAUUACAGGGAUUUGAAGGAUUUGCGAUGCAUAGUUUUUGUGGAAAGGGUUGUUACAGCUAUUGUUCUUCAAAUGUUGUUGAGUGAAUUCCUGCCAAAACAAACAAGCUGGAAGACCAAGUAUAUAGCAGGAAAUCACUCUAAUUUUCAGUCUCAAAAUAGAAGUACCCAAAACAAAAUUGUUGAAGAAUUUCGUGUGGGCAUGGUGAACAUCAUUAUUGCAACUUCGAUUCUUGAAGAGGGAUUGGAUGUUCAAAGCUGCAAUCUCGUGAUUAGAUUUGAUCCAUCAGCUACAGUUUGUAGCUUUAUUCAGUCUCGAGGUCGUGCUCGGAUGCAGGACUCCGAUUUUUUGUUGAUGGUUAGGAGUGGGGAUACUGCUACUUUGAAUCGAAUGCAUAACUUUCUUGCUAGUGGAGACAUCAUGAGGGAGGAAUCACUGCUCCAAUCUCACCUUCCUUGUGAACCUGUUGACAAUGAAUUGUUAAAUGAGGCUUUUUAUCGUGUUGAAAGUACAGGAGCAUUGGUAACUCUGAGUUCUAGUGUGGCUUUGCUGUACUUCUAUUGCUCACGGCUACCUUCUGAUGGGUAUUUUAAACCCACUCCUAUGUGUGAAGUAGAUAAGAAUUUACAACUUUGCAUGUUGACAUUCCCUAAAAGUUGCAACUUAGAACCUAUUAGAGUGAACGGUAAUGUCAAAACUCUGAAGCAACUUGCAUGCUUAGAGGCAUGCAAACGGCUCCAUCAGAGCGGUGCUUUAACAGAUAACCUAGUGCCAGAUAUUGUUGUGGAAGAAGCUGGGGCACAAGACAUGGGUUGUAAACCGUAUGUUGAUGAUCAAGCUGACUACUUCCCACCUGAGUUGGUAGGCCAUUGCACAAACGAUUCUGCAAGGUCAUUCCAUUGGUACUUGAUUGAGAUAGAGAGGAACUUUGAGUAUAAUGUCCCGCUUCAACAUAUUGCACUUGCUGUCAAGUCUGAGCUGGAAUUUGAUGAUGAAAAGGUUGGGUUUGAUUUGGAAGUUGACAAGGGCACUUUGUCAGUGUGGGUGAAACAUGUUGGCGUUAUGAACCUUAGUUCUGAACAGGUGCUUUUGUGCCAAAGGUUUCAGAUAACUCUUUUCAGAAUUCUUUCUGAUCACAAUUUGAUUAAGUUGAAGGAGAACCGAAGUGCAUUUAGUGCAAGAAAAGAAUUCACAAUUGACCAUCUCUUGGUCCCAUGUAGCGGUCCAUCUCAAGAUCCAUUGAUUAUUGAUUGGAAAUGUGUUAGUUCUGUUCUUUUUUCAUUUGAAGGAGUCAGGGAUAAUCAUAUGUGCCAUUACACUCCCAAGAGUUCUGGCCGCCUUGUGCAUACUAAGAAUGAUUUGGUGUGCGGCUGCAUGUUGGAAAAUUCUUUGGUAUACACACCUCAUAAUGGUCGUGUUUAUUGUAUCGCUGGAACUUCAGAUAAUUUGGAUGGGAACUCUCAGCUGAGUAUAAGGAGUGGGGAAGCCAUUACUUACAAACAGUACUACAAAUCGCGGCAUGGAAUUGACUUAUGCUUUGAAAGCGAAUCUCUGCUCAAAGGGAAGCCUAUAUUUCCCGUGCAAAAUUGUCUUCAGAGGCACAGGCAAUUCAAAGAAAGAGAACCAAGUUUCACAGUUGUUAAGCUGCCUCCAGAACUUUGUGUCAUCAUCAUGUCCCCUAUAUCCAUUGGCACUGUAUAUUCUUUCUCUUUUCUGCCGUCUAUCAUGCAUCGAAUUGAGUGUUUGCUUAUUGCUAUCAACUUGAAAAAGAUGCAUGCAGAUCAGUGCGCACAAAAUAUAGUUGUUCCAACUGCCAAGAUCUUGGAAGCAAUUACAACGAGAAAGUGCCAGGAGAAAUUUCAUCUUGAAUCACUGGAGACCUUGGGGGACUCUUUCCUUAAGUACGCUACCUGUCAGCAGUUGUUUAAAACUUACCAAAACCAUCAUGAGGGACUCCUUAGUUUGAAGAAGGAUAAAAUAAUUUCUAAUUCUGCUCUAUGCAAGCUUGGAUGUGACCACAAAAUUCCGGGGUUCAUUCGAAAUGAGCCUUUUGAUCCCAAAAUGUGGAUAAUUCCUGGUGAUAGAUCUGGACAAUAUACAUUAGAUGAAGAGUUUCUUUCUGGAAUGAGGAAAGUCUUUAAUCGGGGAAUGAGGAAAAUAAAAGGUAAAACAGUUGCUGAUGUUGUGGAGGCACUUAUUGGUGCAUUCCUUAGCACAGGCGGGGAAUAUGCAGCCUUGUCAUUUAUGGAUUGGCUGGGUAUGAAAGUGGAUUUCAUCAAUGUACCAUAUGUGAGGCAAUUUCCAAUUCAACCCAAGAGGCACGUUAACAUCAGACGUCUGGAGUCCUUAUUGAACUUUAUAUUCCUUGAUCCUUCUUUGCUUGUUGAAGCACUUACCCAUGGUUCUUACAUGCUACCUGAGAUUCCAAGAUGUUAUCAGCGUCUGGAGUUCCUUGGAGAUUCAGUGUUGGAUUAUCUCAUAACCAUGCACAUGUAUCGGAAAUAUCCUGGAAUGUCACCUGGGCUGUUGACUGAUUUGAGAUCAGCAUCCGCGAACAAUGAUUGUUACGCUCUAUCUGCCCUCAAGGCUGGAUUGCACAGACACAUUCUUCAAUCCUCUCAAGAGCUUCACAGACAGAUAGCCGAUGCGGUUCAUAAUUUUGAGCGGUUAUCUUCGGUAACAACUUUUGGAUGGGAGUCUGAAACAACUUUACCAAAGGUGCUUGGAGAUGUUAUAGAAUCUCUUGCAGGAGCCAUUCUUGUCGAUUCAGGAUACAACACAGAUGCUGUCUUCAAGAGCAUAAGGCCUCUUUUGGAGCCUUUGGUUACACCCGAAACAUUGCCACUGAAUCCAGUUAGAGAGCUGCUUGAAUUAUGCCAAAGGGAACAUUUCGUCAUGGAAAAGAUUGUAAAUGUCUCUGGCGAAAGGAAUUUGUCGGCGGUUAAAAUAGAGGUUAAAGCGAAUGGAGUCGUACACAAGCAUACGUGCAGCGCGCGGGAUAAGAAGACGGCCAACAGAAUGGCUUCCAAAGUUGUUCUCAAGUCCUUGAAGGAAAGCUUACCUGAAAGGACAAAUAAGCCUGGACUUGCAUAAUGGUUGGCAAGUGUGGGGUACGUGGUCUCUUGGUACCAAAUUGCUUUGCAUUCCAAGCCACUUGAGCUGCUUGUAGCAGAUUGAUCCAAACAGAAUCACGAAAUUAAUUGAAAGAAAUACAUUUAUAUAAUUAGUGUACAUAUAUGGCUUCUA